AUGGUUAAAAAGGCAAACUACCAUUUAACUGAACAACAAAUUGUGUAUGUAAAUGAAAUACAGGACAGAUUAGAACAGGGGUUUGGGACUCAGAUGCAUUUGAGGAUCCACACUGGAGAGAGACCUUUAUCCUGCCACACUUGCAGUAAGACGUUAACACAACAGGCCUAUCUUCAGAAACAUUACCUUGUACAUACUGGGGAAAAGCCUCACCAGUGUCAGGUGUGUCACAAGCAUUUCACUGGCACCAGUAACUUGAAGACCCACUUUCACCUGUACAUCGGAGAGCGGCCAUAUCGCUGCAAGCAAUGCCCAGCCAAGUUCACUGGGCUCGUUACCCUCAAGUUGCAUGGGCACGUACACAACAUAGAGCGGCCACACAAGUGUCACCUCUGCUCCAAGAGCUACAGACACCUACGCAGCCUGAAGAGGCACCAGAAGGGCUGCUGCCCCAUGGCACCAGACUCCAAACGGACCAAUGAGGAUCAUCCCAAGAUCAACGAUGAAAUCGACAUGAAUGAAGAGGCAGAAAGAUUGGACAAGGUUGCCCCAGUAACAGAGAAGGAGGAGGUAACCGAGGAACUUCCAAUACCUGUCCUUGAGAAUGACCACAAAGAGGAUCAAUUCAGAGCAGAAUACCACAAGAACAAUGGAGGCAGCCAUCCACCCUCCGACCUCCAUGACAGGGACAAGACUUCCAACCAUGAUCCAGCAUCCCUGGGACCCAUCAGGGUCAAGCAAGAAGCCAGUCUAUAA